AUGGAUCCAUCAUCGGGGCCUCUUCGGCCAUCUAUUAUAGCUGAGGCUGAGCUCGACCUCGAGCGCGAUCGUCAGUCCCAAAAGGAGCCUGCGCAUGAUAAAGUUGAGCAGCACGAUCACCAGCACCAAGAAGGACUUCAAUCUGCUGCUAACGAGCCGGCUGUCGGAUCAACUCUUGAGCCAGCUACCCCAGCUGCCGUCGACAGUGCUGUUGUCGCCCGGGAUGAUGCUGAAGAUAAGCUUCUCACCACCCCUGACGCCGCAGCCUUGGACACAGCUCCCGUUGCCACGCAUCUAGCUCGGUUCGAGUUCAGCGACCGCGGCACCAAGAUCUUAAUGGUCGAGUGGUAUCCUGGAGCCGCUACGACCACGGCCUCCGGCUUGCCCAGCCAAGAUACGAACACUACCGCUGGCGAUGCUGUUGAUAAUGCAUCGGCUGCGCCACCCCGGGUACCAUCCAAUCCUGUCGCUAAUGCCGCUGUCUGGGAGGUCUCGUGGCCGGGCAAGUCUACCUUCCUUCCCGCCAGAGAUACCGAUGAGAACGACGAACGACGCCGUGUCUACUUCAUGCUGCCUCCUGAAGCGCAGGUGCCGGCAACGGUAACUAUUGCGCGCCCUGGGCGGGCCAGUUUGGUUCUCAAGCCGCUGCCGGCCAUAUUCCCGGAGCAUUUCCAGGCGGAAUCUGGUCCUCGAGGCGUGUUGCAUACGAUAUGGGCCAAGAAGCGCCUAAGGGAGCUCGAGCUAGAGAUGGAAGCCGAGAUGAGGGCAAACGCUGAGAGUGUAGGCCUUGAGAUGGCUCUGGCAGAGAAGCAGUGGAUCGUUGACAACUUCUUACGUGCUCCCGCAGCACCUGCUCCUACCAGUCCUCGCUCCCCCGUCUCUGGACGUCUUGGUGACAAGCUUAAGGGCUUGCGCCUGGCUACUUCACCGGCAGAUCUGGUACCAAGCCCAGCAGCAAAUACGUUUACAAGCCCUGAUAGUCAGUCUCACAUGCUAUCCCCUCUAGGAGGUGACAUUGCCGUAUCAUCCUUCGCGGCCAUUUCCCGCAGCCGCCCAUCCGGCCCGAUAUCUCUUGAUGCUGCUCUCAGCGGCGACACGGCCACUCUACAGUCUAGCUCCAACGACGCUGAGGAUGACCUGUUCGCAAUGCCUAUGAGCCCCCGCAGCCCCGACAUGAUCAAGAGCCCGUUUAGCGCUCUUGGCCCGGGCCUUUAA